AUGGAUAAUGAUGACGAACAUGUUGCAGGCGAUAUUUUCCUGCAUUCAAUGACAACAGAUGUAACACGACGUAGAACAUUUUUUGAACAUUUUCAACGCUUUGUACCACAACAAACUAUUAUUUACAUACAAUAUUGUUUAUUACGUAUUCCAUUUAUACUUAUUUAUGAUUAUUUAUUUACAGAAAAAUUUUCAUCUGUAAUUGAAUAUAUAUUAAAAUAUUCAAUUCAAUCUAUUGAUUAUCAUAAUCAUUUAAUUCUUAAGCCAAUAAGUUAUUUAUUACAUAGUUCUUUAUUUCAUAUAUUAUUACAAAUUUAUUUACUUCUUUUAAUACCUAUUCUAGGUCUUAUUCUAUUGAUACUAUUAUUACUAUGUUCCGAUAGACGUCUUGUGAUAUUUUAUAGUUAUACUAUAUCAUUACUUGUAAUUUAUUUUGAUUAUCAAAUGAGUUAUAAAACAGAUAUUCAAAGUUCAUCAUCAAUAAAUACAUAUAUUCUACAAUUUUUAUUAUCAUCUAUUUAUAUUCAAAUGCUCAAUAUUCGUCCACGUGUACGUUCAUUUAAAAUUCAAACAUAUGUAUGUCAUUUAGCACCAUUUGUAUUGAUAGUAACACGUUAUUUAAUAUCAACAGAUUAUAAUAAAUUUAUAUUAAAAUUUUAUUAUAUAAUAUGGACAUUUAUACAUCUUUCUGAAUUAUUUAUUUGUCAUCAAGAAACAAUAAUAAAUAUAAUAUAUAAUCGUUUUCUACAUGAUCUUUAUAAUUUAUAUGGAAAUUUUGGUUUACAAACAUUAAUUAAUUAUUUACAAACACGUAUACAUAUAAAUACAUUAUUAAAAAUUUUUUGGUUAACAAAAAUUAUUGUUUUACCAUUAGGUAUAAGAACAAUAUAUACAAAUCCAUAUAUAUCAAAUAUAAAUAUAACAAAUUUAAAUGAUAAUAUUACAUUAGAUGAUAAACAAAUAAAUUAUAAUGUAACUUUAGUAAAAACAAUUUAUUUUACAAGUUUAUUUUAUGGAACAGAAACUAUUUUUACUUUGAUUAGCCUAGCUUGUCUGAUAUCACAUUUAAUGAAAAGUAUUUCACAUCGUUUAUUUCGUCUUCUUCAUCUUUGGACAGAAGACGUUGAACAAAUUGGUACAGUAGUUGGUGUUAUGUUUUUUUUAUUAUUAUUUCAAUCAAAUAUAACAAGACUUGAUCUUAAUCGAAGACAUGUACCUUUAUUAAAAGCAUUCAGUUUAUUAAUUGUUGCUCUAUUUCAUUUUCUUCAUACAAUACUUGAACCACAAUUACUUAAAGUAGCAAUGCAAACAAUGACAACAAGAAUGGUAUUUGAUCAAACAGAUGAUAAUCAACAAGAAAAUAAAGAAGAAAAUAGAAACAAUUCAUCAUUAUAUUCGUCUUCUAUUCUUCAUUCAUAUCAUCAUCGACAUGUUUAUACAUGUAUAUCAAUAUUAUUCUUAGUUAUUUUUUAUAUAAUUUUACUAUGGCGUUUAACAACAUUUUCAACAUGGCUUUUAGCUGUAACAGCAUUUUCAUUAGAAUUAAUUGUACGUCUUUUAGCAUCACUUGCUCAAUAUACACUUUAUGUUCUUGAUGCCCAUAAUCGUUUAUCAAAUGUUGAAUCAUUUGAUGAAUAUAUUUUUUGGAUAAAAGCUAUAACAUCAUGUUUUGAAUUUAUUCUUGGUGUUUUUCUUUUAUUUAAUGGUUUUUAUAUUUUAUGUUAUGAAUCACGUGGUGCAUUACGUGCACUUAUGCUUGCUAUACAUGCAUAUUUAAAUAUAAUUAAAAAUUUACGUCGUGGUUGGCAAAUAUUUCGUAAUAGAAAAUCAGCAUGGGAAAAUGUUAAUCAAUUACCAUUAGCAACAAUUAAACAAAUUGAAGAAUAUAAUGAUAUAUGUUCAAUAUGUCAUAAUACAUUAACAUCUGGUAUUGCAUGUAUAACACCAUGUUUUCAUAUAUUUCAUCAAAAAUGUUUACAAAAAGCAUUUUAUGCCACACAAAAUUGUGCAUUGUGUUCACGUCCUAUUAUUCUAGAACGUAAUCAACAUAGAGAAUAA